AUGGUCGAAAAUAGCAGCUACAAUAAACCAACAAAUUACAGCACAAAGGCCUGCAACGGAUACCUACUACCAAGACCAAAACCGCCUUUCAACAACAAUUUCUCAAGAAACCCUUCUCGAGAACGCCCUAGGGAGCUUGAACAUCGCCUUUGCAAGUAUUGGAUGGUGAAUCGGGAAUGCCCAUAUGGUGAUCGCUCUAAGUUUUUGCAUUCUUGGUACCAUAUCGGUAAUACCAGUGUUGAUGAGUGCUUUUCCAUAUUGGCAAGGCUUGACGGCCACAAGAAGGCUGUUUGCGGUAUCGCUUUCCUUAUUAUGUCUGACAAGCUUUUUACUGGGAAUAAAGAUGGCACUAUUAGAAUCUGGGACUGCCACUCUGGCAAGCGCAAUCGGGUUGUCAAUCUUGGUGCUGAAAUUGGCCAUCUUAUUAGUGAAGGCAGUUGGGUUUUUAUUGGGUUGCCUAAUCUCGUCAAAGUUUGGCACUUGAAUGGAGAAAAUAUUAAUGACUUUUCUUUGGAAGGACCUGUUGGUCAAGUCUAUGCUUUGGCUGUUCAUAAGGACUUGCUUUUUGCUGGGGCAGCUAAUGGUGAUGUUUUGGUAUGGAAAUGGAGCUUUGAGGCCAAUCCAUUCAAAUUAGUGACAACCAUCAAAGCAUACAAACAGGCAGUUGUUUAUUUACGUGUUGGCGCUGGAACUAAUCGAUUGUAUUCAGGCUCUAUGGAUAACACAGUGAAGGCAUGA